AUGGGUUCACGUUCGAGGUACACGGAGGAAGAUAUUUUAGAGGAUAGUGCAGAGGAAAAUAAUUUUAGUGACGGGAGUGACAAAAUGUAUCAACCUGUUGAUGAUGAGGAUAGUGAAGAAAACCAAGAAGAGAGUCUAAGUGAUAUAAAAAGGGAGGUAAUUAGAAUAACAUCACGUAGGCGUCAAGAACAAAUACCGGUAAGCGAACCAUCAACAUCCUUUUUUGACGGUAAUGAUAGGCAGCAGCAUCCUCACAACCAAGAGGAAUGGGUUGAAGAUGUCCUCCCGAUUGGAAGAGAACCUUUUACAGGAAAUUUCGGUAUUCAAAAUAUACAAGCUAUUACAAACGAAGAAGGAGUUGUUACUAUCCCAAAUAUAGUAGAAUUCUUUAUAAAUGAGGAUAUUAUUGACAAUAUGAUAACAAAAACGAAUGCAUAUGCCGCUAUUAUGAAGCAGGUUCGCACAAAACAAUUUUCAAGGAUGUCACGUUGGGUAGAUGUAGAUAGAAGAGAAAUGUAG